CACUCAUCAAGCUUGGUUACAGGGUAGUCUUUUUUUCCGCUGUCAUAAGUCAGACAUCACAAAGGAGAGGUUGUUGUCACGAUGCAGUUCCUGGGCCGUCUUUUGGACACCGUGACCUCAGUGUCUACCCUGUUCACCAACCCUUACCGUGUGAGGGACGUUCAGUUGUCCGACUACGGCGGGGACGGGAAAAUCAGGCUGAAGCAGGAAGGACGUCUGGUUCUAUACAAAAACGGCCAAUGCCAAUUAUGGGAUUGUGUGCUAAUGUGCCCCGACACACCUGCAGCGGCCCUGAGGCUUUUCCAGGUGGCGUCAGAAGAGGAUGCCAUGAACUGGUUCCCGCAGUACGCACUUAAACUUCCACCCUUCUAUGACACACUCCCGCCGAUGAAGGCCGAGACCGCCCAGAUAAUCGUCGACUGCCUGCGUAACCACCCGGAUUGGAGCGCCGCUCACAUCGCCGUGGACACGGGCCUCAGGGAGUGUCUCAAACACAACUACGUUCAGAGUCAGAUCAACGCUCGGGAUGCACUCGGUCAGACGCCGCUGCAUCUGGCGUGCGAGCGAAGUGAUGAGGCGUGUGUAAAGGAGCUGCUGGAGGAGAGCCAGGCUCGCACUGACAUCAGAGACUACCAGGGAGAGACGCCAAUGCACAUUGCCGCCAAGCACGACUCCCCUGCCAUCAUCCAGGUGUUGUGUUCGCGCCUGUGCUCGGGCGUGAACGAGCUGAACAACAGCGGGGAGACUCCGCUCCACGUUUCCUGUCGCCUUGGCCGAGUGGAGGCCGUCAAAGCCCUCUUGGGAGGCGGGGCCAAGUGCAACGUUCCCGGCGGCGCCGGCUACCCAAUCCACUCUGCCAUGAAGUACAGUGAGAGGAGCUGUGCAGAGGAGAUUCUGAAAGCAGACCCUGACCAGCUGCAUGCCGAAGACUCCUUGUAUGGAGGCACGCCCCUCCACUGGGCAAAAACAGCAGAGAUGUGCCGCAUGUUGCUGGAGAGGGGCAGCGCAAUCAAUUACCUCAGUAAGACGGGCGAGAGUGCACUGCACAUUUGCACCAAGAAAGGUCGCUUCGAAGCAGCUAUGGUCUUACUCACCCACGGCGCAAACGCCAACCUGAAGGGUCUGGACGGAAACACGGCGUUGCACCUCGCCAUGAAGAUGGAUCACAUGGAGCUGAUCAAAGCUCUGAUUGUGUUCGGAGCCAACGUGGAGAUCCACAACGACUUGGGAGAGACGCCGGGCCUGAUUGCCGCUCGCACCAGCAAAGGUCCCAAUAGAAAGAUACUGCUGGACAUGCUGUGUAGUGUGGGUGUGCAACGUUGCCUGCCCCCCUCCCCCGGCAGCCCUCUGCCCAUCGGCAACAAAGUUGCUGCGCCAGGCAUAGGAUUUGAGGACGUAAUACACAUGGGAGCUACGAUCGCUGCAAUGAGCAGAGGCAAGUCAGAGAUGGACGGUGCCAAGAUGAACAAAAGGAGGACGGACAGGUUGCUGUGUCUGGAUGGAGGAGGGAUCAGGGGCCUGGUUCUGAUCCAGAUGCUUAUCGCUUUGGAGAAGGAGGCCGGCCGGCCCAUCAGGGAGCUCUUUGACUGGGUGGCCGGCACCAGCACUGGCGGCAUUCUGGCCCUCGCUAUUGUCCAUGGAAAGUCCAUGGAGUACCUCCGCUGUUUGUACUUUCGGAUGAAGGAACAGGUGUUCAGAGGCUCGCGACCCUACGAAUCGGCCCCACUCGAGGACUUCCUGAAGAAAGAGUUUGGAGAGAAUACCAAAAUGGCAGACGUCCAGUACCCCAGGGUGAUGGUGACCAGCGUUCUGGCAGACCGCCACCCGGGAGAGCUUCACAUUUUCAGGAACUACGACCCUCCCUCCGUCGGCAGAGAGUCCCCUUACGCCACUACCGCCACCUUCAAGCCCCUCACCAUCCCAGAAGGAUGGGAGGAUGAGGAUUUGUUGCUAGUAGGAUACACUGUGGAGCCUGCCAGUAAGCGUAGGAAGGGGACUGAUGAAGAGCAACUGGUGUGGCGAGCUGCCCGCUCCAGUGGCGCCGCCCCAACCUACUUCCGGCCAAUGGGACGCUUUCUGGACGGAGGGCUGUUGGCCAAUAACCCUACUCUGGACGCCUUGUCGGAGAUCCAUCGGCACUACAAAGCGUUAAAAGCAGAGGGCCACGGGGUGGAGAUCAAGAAGCUGGGGCUAGUUGUUUCUCUAGGGACUGGUAAGCCACCCCAGGUGGCGGUGAGUUCCGUGGAUGUUUUCCGACCCUCAAAUCCACUGGAACUAGCCAAGAGCAUUGUCGGAGCCAAGGAGCUGGGGAAAAUGCUAGUGGACUGUUGUACUGACUCUGAUGGCUGCGCCGUGGACCGAGCCAGUGCCUGGUGCGAAAUGAUAGACACCAUCUACCAAAGACUGAGCCCGCAGCUUUCCCAGGAGGUGAUGCUUGAUGAAGUGAGCGAUGCCAUUCUAGUAGACAUGCUGUGGGAGACGCAGAUGUACCUGUAUGACAAGAGGGAGGUGCUGCAGUCCCUUGCCAAAGCGCUCGCAGACGAGGAGUAGAGAAGAGCAAACAUUCACAUUAGUGGGGAACACUGCACAAAAGGAAGGCGGGGGGUGGGGGGGCGACAUAGAUGAGUUUCAAAACGUAUAUUUAAGGUAGCAUCUGCAAAUAGGUGGAGGCACAGCGUGAUAUGACCUCUGUAACCCAACAAGUAGCCCACUCCACUCUUGUGUCGUCCCCCCACCCCCCACAUUUACCUCUAAUAUAGUUAUUCGGUUCUUGGUCAAUCGAUAGUGCCGCUGAUCCAAGUUAAGUGGCUGGACACAAAAGUUGCUUGAAACGACUUCAAAGACAAACUGAAGACGAACUUGACUGCCACACCCAACUUUUACUGUUUCAUAGUGUAUAUUUAAGUAGCAAUUAAUGUUGAAUGUCAAAUAAAAAUAUUUUUCGUCAUCUGGAAA